AUGAAAUUUGGAAAUCGUGGACACAACAUUCCAUGCACAAGCAUGCUCUCUGGUCGCUGUUAUAUUACAUCCCAGAAUCAUGGUUAUGCUGUUGAUUCCAAGACUCUUCCAGAAGGCUGGGAGGAGCUGUUUGUCAACGCCAACGAUGCUAGCAAUGAAGGUAUCAGACAUGCUAGCCGUCCACUAUUCAGUGUGCAGUUCCAUCCGGAGAGCACACCCGGACCACGUGAUACAGAAUUCCUAUUCGAUGUUUUCAUCAACACCGUAAAGGAGUGCCUUGAGUCCAAGGAUGCUUUAUCUAAACCUGUCAAUUUCCCAGGUGGAACUAUCAAAGAGAAUACUGCUGCACAUCCCCGAGUCCACGCCAAGAAGGUCUUGAUCCUCGGCAGUGGUGGCCUUAGUAUUGGUCAGGCUGGAGAGUUUGAUUACUCUGGUAGCCAAGCUAUCAAAGCGUUAAAUGAAGAGGGAAUAUACACUGUUCUUAUCAAUCCUAAUAUCGCUACCAUUCAGACUUCGAAGGGACUGGCGGAUAAGGUCUACUUCCUUCCUGUUAAUGCUGAUUUUGUUCGCAAGGUGAUAAAACGCGAGCGACCUGAUGCUAUCUAUGUCACAUUUGGUGGUCAAACAGCCCUUCAAGUCGGCAUUCAGCUCAAAGAUGAAUUUGAAGAACUAGGUGUGAAGGUACUUGGUACACCAAUCGACACUAUUAUCACAACUGAGGACCGUGAACUCUUUGCUCGUAGCAUGGAGGUCAUUGGCGAAAAGUGUGCCAAAUCUGCGUCAGCUUCCAAUUUGGAAGAAGCCAUGGAAGCAGUGAAGGGUAUUGGAUUCCCAGUAAUCGUCAGAGCUGCCUAUGCUCUAGGCGGAUUGGGAAGCGGUUUUGCCGAAAAUGACGACCAACUUCGAGACCUUUGUACCAAGGCAUUUGCUGCAAGCCCCCAGGUCCUUAUUGAGAGGAGUAUGAAGGGCUGGAAGGAAAUUGAGUACGAGGUUGUUCGAGACGCCCGCGACAACUGCAUUACCGUCUGUAACAUGGAAAACUUUGAUCCUUUAGGAAUCCACACAGGCGACUCCAUCGUCGUUGCACCGUCCCAGACACUAUCUGAUGAGGAUUACAAUAUGCUUCGCACCACUGCUGUCAACGUUAUCCGCCAUCUUGGAGUUGUCGGUGAAUGUAAUAUUCAAUACGCUCUCAACCCUUUCUCGAGAGAGUAUUGUAUCAUUGAAGUUAAUGCUCGUUUAUCGCGAUCCUCAGCCUUGGCUUCAAAGGCUACGGGAUACCCCCUUGCAUUUAUAGCUGCAAAACUCGGUCUCGGAAUUCCACUAAAUGAGAUAUCUAACUCUGUGACCAAGGUUACUUGUGCCUGUUUCGAACCUUCCCUAGACUAUGUCGUCGUUAAGAUUCCUCGAUGGGACUUAAAGAAAUUUACCCGUGUAUCAACUCAACUUGGCUCCUCGAUGAAGAGUGUCGGAGAAGUCAUGAGUAUUGGAAGGACAUUCGAAGAAGCCAUCCAAAAAGCCAUCCGAGCCAUCGAUUUCCACAAUCUUGGAUUUAACGAAACAAGUGCUUUGAUGAGUAUCAAGAAUGAGCUCCAAACCCCAUCUGACCAGCGACUUUUUGCUAUUGCCAAUGCUAUGCACUCCGGCUACACAGUUGAUGAAAUAUGGGAAUUGACCAAAAUCGAUAAAUGGUUCUUGCGAAAACUCGAAGGACUGAGCCUAUUUGGCAAGCAAAUGAGUAGCUAUAACGCUGCUACUGUGCCUAUUCCUCUCAUCAGGCAAGCCAAGCAACUCGGAUUCUCUGACCGUCAGCUUGCUAGGUUCCUAAGCUCCAAUGAGCUUGCUGUUCGGCGUAUGCGUGUUGAAGCAGGAAUCAUUCCUUUUGUUAAGCAAAUCGAUACGGUGGCAGCUGAAUUCCCUGCUUUUACAAACUACCUAUACCUAACCUACAACGGAUCCGAAAAUGAUGUGGCGUUUGACGACCAAGGCAUUAUGGUUCUGGGCUCAGGCGUUUAUAGAAUUGGAUCUUCUGUUGAAUUUGACUGGUGCUCUGUUAGAACAAUUCGCACACUUCGAGCACAAGGGCACAAGACAGUCAUGGUUAACUAUAACCCAGAGACAGUCAGUACUGAUUACGACGAGGCAGAUCGUCUCUAUUUUGAAAAUAUCACCCUGGAGACAGUCCUUGAUAUCUACCAGCUAGAGUCAUCUAGUGGAGUAGCAAUCUCUAUGGGCGGCCAGACGCCAAACAACAUUGCUCUUCCACUCCACCGCCUCAAUGUUAAAAUACUUGGAACGUCUCCUGAGAUGAUUGAUACAGCUGAGAACCGCUACAAAUUUUCUCGUAUGCUUGACAGAAUUGGAGUCGAUCAACCGGCGUGGAAAGAACUUACUAGCAUUGAAGAAGCUACUGCGUUUUGUGACAAGGUUGGCUACCCUGUUCUUGUCCGCCCUUCAUAUGUCCUCUCAGGAGCAGCUAUGAACACUGUCUACUCCCAAGACGAUUUGGCGAACUAUCUUGACCAAGCGGCAGAGGUAUCGCGAGAACACCCCGUUGUUAUCACAAAGUAUAUCGAAAAUGCCAAGGAAAUCGAAAUGGAUGCUGUGGCUAAGAAUGGUGUUAUGUGUGGCCAUUUUAUCUCCGAGCAUGUUGAAAAUGCUGGUGUCCACUCUGGUGACGCUACUCUAAUUGUCCCGCCUCAGGACUUGGACCCCGAGACGGUCAGAAGAAUCGAAGAAGCAACCAGCAAAAUUGGAAAUGCUCUGAAUGUUACUGGACCUUUCAAUAUUCAGUUUAUUGCCAAGGACAAUGAAAUCAAAGUCAUUGAAUGCAAUGUCCGGGCUUCGCGAUCUUUCCCAUUUGUCUCAAAGGUCAUGGGCGUUGAUUUGAUUGAGAUGGCGACUAAGGCUAUGAUUGGAAAACCAUUUGAGGCAUACCCACCAGUAAAUAUACCCCAACGUUAUGUUGGCAUUAAGGUGCCACAAUUUUCAUUCUCUCGACUCUCUGGCGCAGACCCUGUACUUGGCGUAGAGAUGGCUUCUACAGGUGAGGUUGCCUGUUUCGGCCGCGAUCGAUACGAAGCAUACCUGAAAGCGCUCAUAUCGACGGGAUUCAAAUUGCCAGAGAAGAAUAUCCUUGUCUCGAUGGGCUCCUUCAAAGAUAAAAUGGAGAUGCUCCCAUCUAUCACCAAGCUUCACAAGAUGGGAUUCAACCUUUUUGCAACUGCUGGUACAGCUGAUUUCUUGCGGGAACAUGGCAUCCCAGUCAAAUACUUGGAACUUUUGGCGGGAGAUGGUGAAGACUUGAAGUCUGAAUACUCUCUUACACAGCAUCUAGCGAACAACCUUAUCGACCUUUACAUCAACCUUCCUUCUAGCAACAAAUUCAGACGACCAGCAAAUUAUAUGAGCAAAGGUUACCGCACCCGACGAAUGGCUGUUGAUUACCAGACUCCCCUUGUGACAAAUGUCAAGAACGCCAAAAUUUUGAUUGAAGCCAUGUCUCGACGCUAUGAUCUAAGUGUAGCGCCAAUUGAUUUCCAAACCAGCCACCGGACUGUAUCGUUGCCUGGACUCAUCAACGUUGCUGCCUUUGUUCCAGGCAUUGCUGAGAAGGACUCAGCUGAUUUCCAGGAAGUCACUAAGGCAUCCAUCGCUGCUGGUUUCUCCAUGAUUCGAGUUUUGCCUGUAGGUAUCAACAGCUUUGUCACAGACACACAAGCCUUAAAAUUAGCGCAGCUCAAUGCACAAAAGGGCUCUUACUGUGAUUUUAACUUCUCAGUUACCGCGACUGCCACGAAUGCCGACCAGGUUGACCUUAUAUCCAGUGAGGUUGGCUCCUUGUUCAUUCCAUUCAAUCACUUGGCCGGUAAUAUCAACAAGGUUGCGACAGUCACGACUCAUUUUGCAUCUUGGCCAUCCAACAAGCCUAUCAUAACUGAUGCAAAGGGUACAGACCUUGCCUCAAUACUUCUUCUGGCUAGCCUUCACAACCGCAACGUGCAUGUCAUGAGCGUUACAUCUCAAGAAGACAUCAAACUCAUCGCGCUUAGCAAAGAAAAAGGGCUAAGAGUGACCUGCGAUGUUUCUAUAUACUCGUUGUUUUUGUCACAGGAGACUUUCCCAGAGAGCUGUCACCUGCCAACCAAGAAAGCCCAAGAAUCACUCUGGGAAUAUCUCGGGACGAUUGAUGUUUUCAGCGUUGGAAUUCUCCCAUACGAGACCGCUGGUAAAGCGGCAUCUCCCACGGUUGGAUUGGCAGAUGCACUCCCAAUCCUCUUAACCGCAGUAUCCGAAGGGCGACUGACCAUCGACGACAUUACCAAAAGGCUGUAUGAGAAUCCGAAGAGGAUUUUCGAGCUCCAUGACCAGCAGGAUACUUUCGUGGAAGUUGAAGUUGACCGCCCCUAUGUUUACAAGAGCCAGGGUGCUUGGUCACCAUUUACUGGUAAAACACUGCGUGGCUCCAUUCAGCGUGUCAAUUUCCAGGGAAAGACGGCGUGCCUUGACAAUGAACUACUUUCUGACGCGCCUAAGGGCAUGGACAUGUCGUCCCACACACCAGCACCACCCCAGUCACCUUCCACGAAAGAGAUGGCCCCUCGAUCUCCAAUGGCAAUGGGCUCGAUUGGCAGGCGCUUAUCAUUCACGACUACUCCACAAGCCCGCCCAUCACCACUGAAACAAGCGGAUUCCCUUGCUACAGCUGAUGAACUUGGACCACCACUAUACGCUACUCCAUCCACUGGAGGAACCCCCUCGCUCCAGGAGCUGCUCUCUCGCUCCACGUUUAGGCAUAAACAUAUACUGUCUGUCAAUCAGUUCAACAGAUCAGAUCUUCAUUUAUUGUUCACGGUAGCACAGGAAAUGCGGCUCGGGGUCCAGCGUCAAGGAGUUCUCGAUAUCCUCAAGGGUCGUGUUCUAUGUACUCUGUUCUACGAACCUUCUACCCGUACUUCUGCUUCGUUUGACACAGCAAUGCAGCGACUGGGUGGUCGGACUGUGGCUAUCGCCACUCAACAUUCAUCUGCUCAAAAGGGAGAGACCCUGCAGGAUACUAUUCGCACUCUUGCUUGCUAUUCCGAUGCAGUUGUUCUACGCCAUCCUGAGGAGAGCAGCGCGUCUACAGCAGCCAAAUUCUCCCCUGUUCCAAUUAUCAAUGGAGGAAAUGGAAGCCAAGAGCACCCCACCCAGGCGUUCCUCGAUCUCUUUACCAUUCGUGAAGAACUAGGUACCGUGAGUGGAAUCACUGUUACGUUCACAGGCGACCUGAAACAUGGAAGAACAGUCCACUCCCUCAUUAAAUUGCUUCAGUUCUAUCAAGUCCGCAUUCAACUUGUUUCUCCCAAGGCUCUGUCUUUGCCGGAAGACAUCCGCCAGCAAGUUAUCAGAUCUGGCCAACUCAUUGUUGAAACCAACGAGUUGACUCCUGAAGUCGUCGCCCGCUCCGACGUCUUGUACUGUACCCGAGUCCAGAAGGAGCGAUUUGCAGACCAAGAGGAAUAUGAGAGGCUCAAGGACAGCUUCGUCAUUGACAAUUCUAUCAUGAAUCAGGCGAAGAGCCAAAUGGUGGUCAUGCAUCCACUCCCAAGAAACGCUGAAAUUGACGAGCAAGUGGACUUUGACCAGCGCGCUGCUUACUUCAGACAGAUGAGAUAUGGUCUUUACUGCCGAAUGGCGUUGUUGGCUUUGGUUAUGGCCCCUUAA